AAUUCCGUUCAACUCUGCAGAGUGCGCAGCCCUAAAAUAUCUUUAAUCUCACGAAUUCAGAACUAAAGAGUUAAAAAGAACAAUGGGGGGCGUACAACAUUCAAAGCUAAUGGAUUCGAGUGCAGUAAGUGGACUAUCAUUUCUUGAGGAAGGACAAUUCUCUAAGGUUUACAAGGGAUAUAUGACUACAAGUAAAGUACCUGUAUCAAUAAAGGUUCCAAAAGUGCCAGAUUUUUUAAGGAAAGAUAAGAAAGAGGUAAAAAAUCACAUCGAAGAAGCAAAAAAACUUUUAAAUUCUCAAAUCAGGAAAGCACAGGGAGAGAAUAUAGUUCGAUGUCUCAACGUGGCCUAUGAUGAUUUCCGGAAAGAAAUUUGGGUGGUUAGAGAGUACGUAGAUGGAACUGAUCUUGAAACAGUAAUGAAGAAUCCAAGCCUGUGUCCUAGUCUCCUAAGUCCUGAAGAGAAGAUGAGAGUUGCGGUGGGAAUUGCAAAGGGGAUGAGUUAUCUGCAUGGUUUACGAUAUCCUGUUGUCCACGGAGAUUUCAAACCAAGUGAUAUUUUACUUACUGCUAAGACAAAGGUCCCCCGUCUCACUAACUUUGGACUCUGGGAUUUCAAGAAAUAUUUUGUUGAAGAAACCCUACCGGCAGAUGUCGUCUUUCUUAACAUUCAUCAGGCUCCAGAGGUAAUAUUUCCCAAAUAGA